AUGGGAGGAAGCGUGGGCCUGAAUCCAAACGGCGGAGCCCAUUGGGAUAUAAAGAGACGAUUAAAGGAUCGUUAUAUCAACACCAACUUUCCGCUGGAUACGAUUGUUAUGGAGAAAAACAGCGCAGAUUUCGAAGAGCGAGUUAUCAAAGCCAGUCAAAAUGCACAACACAUCGCAGAUAUACUUCGCAAGCACAGUUCGGUUGAGCAAGUCUAUUAUCCCAAGGGAAGCCCGACACAACAACUUUACGAGAAAAACAAACGUCCAGGAAAGGGGUAUGGAUAUCUGCUGUCUAUUCGUUUCAAGACUCCAGCAGCUGCCAUCGCGUUCCACGACGUUCUUGAUGUGGCAAAAGGGCCAAAUUUGGGGACCAACUUCACUCUAGGUUGUGCAUAUACGCUCUUCGCGCAUUACGACGAGCUUCAAUGGGCUGAGGAGUAUGGUGUUGUUAAGCAUUUGUACGAAUCAGUGUGGGGAUCGAGAAUGAGAGAUUCUUGGACGAGGUCAUCAAGACAGCUCUGGAUGCAGCUGAACGAGCGAGCCCUGAGAAAACAAUUACAACUCGCUGAAUACCCUGCCGAGAUUCCUAACGAUGUCUCCUCCUGUGUGACCCUUAGCCUCGCCUACGUACGACUCAUCCGAGAUGACCCCAAUGACAAACACAAAUUCCUCGCCGGCAGCUCCCUCGACAUAAGUACAAGACUCGAACUCUCCAUCUACGUCUUUCCCCGAGGUCUCAACCGCUCCGGCGGCGUGACAGGCUAUAAUUCUGUCGCCCACAACUGGAAAUCCAUCUUCGGUUCCACCACGACCUCUUAUUUAACAGAGUAUUGA